UAUAAGUCAAACGUCAAUCUAAUGUGUCAAACACGGACUAAAAUUGUUGUAGAAAUUUAUAUUUAGCACUCGAAAGAAAAUAAAUUUCCAGGGAACAUUUCUUCGAGAAAUUCCUCGACCACAUACAGGCAUGGUAGUGAUGGCUGUUACUGUUAGGGAUAUAUGUGAUAAUGUAACGCUGGCGCGAGAAAUGACAAUGCUUGGGAACUACGAAAGUGCUGAAGUGUAUUAUGAAGGGUCCAUUCAGAUGAUAAGUAGAUUAAUUCUUAUGAUACCAGAACCAUUAAGAAAGAGUAAAUGGCAACAAGUUCAGAAAAAAGUUGCUUCGGAAUAUGAUGAAAUUAAAGUUCUGAAAGCAAUGUUGCAAACGUUACGUUUAGACACUAAUGUAGAAGUGCCUUUGGGAGCGAGAAGAUUGAGAGACGAACCAGUGAGAGACUAUGGUGAUAUUUUACCAGAAGAUCCUUUUAUAAUGCAACAGAAUGAUCCUGAUGUGUGGCCUCCUCCAACUCCUGUAGAUCAUGGAUACACCCAGAGAAACAACUAUAAACCGAGACAGUCCAAUGUGAAGAAACCAGAAGUCAAGAAAGGAACUUCCAGAGCUAGCUCCUCAAACACUGCUAGAAGAUCAGAAGUUCGACCAACUAGAACAGCAAAGAAGGAAGACAGACCUUCUUCAUCAAAGUCUGAAAGAAACCCAGAUGCUACUAAGGUUGAUAAAGAAAAAGAUGCAGAGAAUAAUGAUAAAAAUGAGAAAGUGGAACCAGAGGAAGAGAAGAAGUUUGAAUGUCACGGCAUGGAAAGAGAAUUAGCAGACGUUCUUGAAAGAGAUAUUGUCCAAAAGAACCCAAACAUUCAUUGGGAUGAUAUAGCAGAUCUGCAUGAAGCUAAACGUUUGCUUGAAGAAGCUGUGGUGCUUCCCAUGUGGAUGCCAGAAUUUUUUACAGGUAUAAGAAGGCCUUGGAAAGGAGUUCUAAUGGUAGGUCCACCUGGUACUGGAAAAACCAUGUUGGCUAAAGCUGUGGCUACAGAAUGCGGCACGACGUUUUUUAACGUUUCAUCAUCAACUUUAACAUCAAAAUACCGUGGCGAAUCUGAGAAAAUGGUUAGACUUUUGUUUGAAAUGGCUAGGUUUUAUGCCCCCAGUACAAUAUUUAUUGACGAAAUUGACUCUUUGUGCUCGCGACGAGGAUCAGAAUCUGAACAUGAAGCGUCAAGAAGAGUGAAAUCUGAGCUACUGGUCCAAAUGGACGGAAUAACGGCUAAUAAUGAUGAACCUGGAAAGGUGGUGAUGGUUUUGGCUGCUACUAACUUCCCGUGGGACAUAGACGAGGCUCUUCGCCGUCGUUUGGAAAAACGUAUAUACAUACCUUUACCGACUCAAGAGGGUCGAGAGGCUCUUUUAAAAAUAAAUCUCAGAGAAGUCAAGCUGGAUCCUGACGUGAAUUUGAACGACAUUGCUGAAAAGUUGGAUGGUUUUUCUGGUGCUGAUAUAACAAAUGUUUGUAGAGAUGCUUCCAUGAUGUCGAUGAGAAGAAAAAUUUAUGGUUUAAGACCUGAUCAGAUUAAACAGUUGCCUAAAGAAGAGUUGGAUCUGCCUGUUACUAAUAGGGAUUUUGAAGAAGCGUUGCUUAAGAAUAAUAAAAGUGUUUCUAAAGAAGACUUGGAUAAGUAUGAGAAGUGGAUGAAUGAGUUUGGGUCAUCAUGAUGAUCGCGUCUUCUGGAGAAACCUUUUGUUGUUUGAAGCGCGAUUUUGAAAAUUGUGUGAUAUUAUUGAAUGCUUUAUAGUUUUACUUACUAAAAUCUUAUGGUUAGAGUUCAUGUGUUUAAAAUUAUUUAAUGAUUCAUUAAAUCGAAAUUUUAUUGAUAUAGUUUUUUAAUAACUGUUAUUAUUAUUGUAUUGACAUCGAGAUUUAUUGAUAUAUUCAAGUAAAUGUUUUGCACUUUGUAGAAUUAUAAAAUGCCAUUAAUCCACAAAAUUUUGCAUUUAUGUACUUGUUAGGUUUUUUAAAUACAGUUAGUGGUCGAGUUGGUUGUUUUGUCAUAAUUAAAGUAUUGCCAUAUGUUACGUUUGUUUUGAGUGGUUCAGGUGUUUGUUUGAUUUAAAAAAAAAUGUUUUAUUAAGUAACAGUGUAUUGUAUAUUUUAUAAACAAUUCAUUUGAAUACAAUUUAACGAAAUAAACAUGCAGUAAAA